AUGCCCCCCUCCCGACAGGGGGGGGACGCGGCUUUGCCAAGGGGCCAGCCGGACGACUUGGGAAACUCUAGCCCGGCCCUCGACUUACCGGAGGACGCGGGGCCUCCGGAGAAGGCUCCUUCUCUCUCCGCUGGUAGCCCCUCAUCCUCUGCAAACGGGGCAAGGGCUCAAGCACACGCCGCAUCUGCUGCUCACGGGACAGGGGCUCCAGUACACGCCGCAUCUUCUGCUCACGGGACAGGGGUUCCAGGGCACGCCGUAUCUUCUCCUCUCGCGGACUCUCAGAUGCCGACCCCCUCAGUGGCUAGGGAGUCAGGCUUGGCAGGGGAUGCUUCCUUCACCAUGGCAGACCAGCCGCUGCGUAGCGGCAAGACAGAUGCAGUAACGCCGCGGCAAGACGGACCCACCGGGCGCGCUUCGGGGGAGGGUUCCGAGUCCUCCUCGUCGCCUUCGCAGGCUUUCACGCCCCCAGUUCAUCCGCGCGACAUGUUUGAGGCCCUUACCGCGGCGAUGAAGGCUUCUUCGGGGCCCCCGUACCUAGAUGUCUGGCGCCAGACCAUCCAGGAGUUAUUUGCGCUGGAAUUUGCCCGCCUUCCAGUCAGCUUCGACGCGUUGCCGGCCGAACGCAAACGGUAUCCCAAGCUCACAAGUACCGAGCUGGUGAGUUUGCUGGAUUUGUUUAAGCAAUGUUUUGUUGUGACAUCCGGCCGCUACGUCGACUGGACCCGUUUAGCCCACCAGAUCAGUAAGGAGAUCCUCGUCACGAAGUGGGCGUUCAAAGAAAUCUUGCGCAAGCUGGCCAGCCGACAGAAAUGGGCUGUGGCUCCAAUCCCGCGGCUGUGGUCUCAAGUCGUGCAGACAGGCAGUGCUGCUGCACCUGCCAGUACGACAGGCCAGCAGCGUCCCGUGUUCGAUGACUUUAUGUUUGAUCCGGCACAUUUUUCGGAGGAAGAGACGACCACGCUCCGAGCCAUUUGCGCAACGCGCCUUAACUUGACAGGUACUCACCGUCUGCGCGAGGGUACAGAUGAUGAAUGGCGCAUCAUCAUUGGGAUUGCGGAAGGGCUUAUUGCCUGUCGUCGGCUGCCUGAUUUUCUCAAUUCUGUCUUCGACAGCGACGAGCGGCUUCGGUUGUGUCGGACUGUUCAGGCGCAGGUCGAGGGACAGUUAGUCUUACAACUUAGACAUGGUCGUGAUAUCCCAAUUGGACGCCGGACGACCCACGCUAUUACGGAGAAGAUUUUGGAAUCGGCGGAAAUCUUGCGGGUCUGCUUGCCGGAUCUUCACCGUUUCCUCGGGUUGGCCAAGACGAUAAGCUACAAUCGUUCUACCCGUUCAAUCCACUUCUAUUUCUUUACGCGAGCCAUUGCUAAGGCGCACCAGGAUGUCGUAGUGCCUUUUCAGGGGAGGGCGUACACGCUCGAGAAUGUUCAUCACCCGGUCAGGGGCUCGGUCUGGUUGAAUCAGCGGGGACCAGACGGGCGGUCGAGCCACCCUCGGGCAGCGUACACCAUUUUGCUGUAUAAUCUCACCCGGUUUGAUGAUAUUGGGCGCAUUGCUGCCUACCUCCGCUCCAAGAUACCAACGGAUUUUGAGCUGGAGGAUAUGGAUACCUACACCCCGAACUCACGUACGUCCACUGCCUGGAAAGUCACCUUUCAUCUGGCGGGUUGCCCGACCUUUCUCCAAGGAGUAGUCAGACUGCUUUGGUUUGGGACCCCCAUUAUCGUCCGGCAUCCGGACGUGGGCCGUCGCCUCCAAUGUUUGCAAUGUGGUACGCUAGGCCACCCGGCGUCGAGGUGUCAGUUUACUGAUGCGCAGUUGCGGGGGCCGGGCGGGCUGGAGGUCCACGAAGCCGAGCUUUUAGCUGUCGAAGAUCUGGCCAAACCGUUUAGUAGCCCUGAUGAAAUGCGGCAAAUGGCGCAGCGACGACUGGUUGUGCAGCAAUCAGCCGAUGCAGCGGCUCAAGCUGCGGUGACUCCGGCGGUACCGGUCGCCACUUCCAGUCCACCGCCGGCCGCCGAGCCCCAGCCAACAGGUAUACCUAUCCAAUCGGUGUAUACUACUCAUGUCGCGCACGCGGGCCCGCCUCCUCCGGCCCCAAAACCCCGGCCCGAACAGCCAUGGAUGAGACGCCCCCUUCGAGGGGGUCGUCGGCCUUGGCCCCCAAUUCAGCCUUCCCCGCCUCAGCUGAACGUCAGCAGCGGGAGUUAUCACGUUCUCCAGGAGGAUGAUAGGGCAGAGGAGGGUCCGUCUUCCCCAUUUGAAGGCAGUGUCGCCUCUGCACCUCCGCAGCCGGGGACUGGAGGCUCCUCGACUCCUGCUUUUUCGGCACGGCUGUCCCACUCUCGGCUUCUGCCGGAGGAUCAGGCCCGGAAACAAGCAGCCGGUAUUCGGGGCCCGGCGGUAGUUAUCGCGGGUCCGGCUCUCCUGACCCAGCAGCGACGGGAACGUCUGACUUGCGAAAAGCUUUUAAAGCUGCUGCCGGAUCGGCAAUGUCACUCGAUACCCAUGGAUCCUAAGCCGUUAGCGGAACCCAUCCACAUGGGCGAGCUUGUGAGUAUUCUGGGACUUCGAGAAAUAAACACUCCAGCGAACGGCAAUUGUUUGGCGAUAGCUCUUGCUCAAGCGGUGGCUGAGUCUGCCUUGACCGCCCCUACCAAGGACCAGGAGCUUCUCACGGCUUGCAUUAAACGAGGUAUCACGUGUACAGGACUCUUGAACUUGGAAGAUCAGGUCCCUCACGACUUGCGGGUGCAGGCACUUAAGAACGUGGGCCGUGGGUGGGCGUCGAUGACGCGCACAGAGUCGGCUUCUCAAUUCCGCUGGUUUUUGACGGACUUCGCGGCCACCCCAUCGGGGGGGGGGGCUUCGCGUGUGCCCCCGGGCUGGUGGGGGGCAGAAGCCACCCCUCAGUGGCGUUGCCGCAAGUAUCACCCCGUUUCGAUGACUGUACGGGGACGGGCGGUGGCUUCUGUAAAAGAGUACCCCCUUUCUAUUAUGGCGUGUAUCGACGAGCUGCAGGCUACCAAAGUCGGGGCGAGUCAGGCUCUACCGUUAGUGUUGCGGUUUGGCGGCAGCCACUACUCGGCAUUUCUCCAUUCAGCGGGAGUGGCCGAUCCGUUAAACCUUACCGAUACCCAGGACGGGCCGAGUGCGUCGACUCAGGAUCCGGUCCACUCCUUCGGGGACACUAGAGCCACAGCGUUGGUACCAUUGGAGGAGAAAAGCGCUUCAGCACUGCCCUCAGACGACAAACUCCUUCCUGACAGCGGUGACCGGACGUCGAUCGUCCUUUACGACGCUGGAGACGCGGUCGCUCGAACCUCGGCACAACCCUCUGGUCAAUUGGCUUUAACUUCUACUUCGAGCAGCUGUCGCGAACGCGGGAUGGCCUCUGCGGCGCGGAAACGGGGCCACGGCGGCUCUCCCCCGCUCCUGGCGGCGUCUGCGGAUCCAGGUGCUGUCGUUCCGAUCGGCUCUCGCCACAAGAAAGGUCGGGUUCGUUCAGCCCUUCGGAAAUCUUCACUAGACGCGCCGGACGACAGAAUCGAUCGGGACGAAUGGCCAGAGCUCUGGAGUUAUCUGGGAGCCGAAUGGCCGCCGUCAGCAGCAACUCCGUAUCCUCUAGUAUAUGGAGACUCCAACGGGUGGGAGGCUACGGCUCGUUUGGAGCCGGAAUUGUUACUACAUCACUUGCGCCGCUUCGUCUUUCCAGACGAAGUACUUGCUAGCUUGUCCGACACAGUUUUUGUACAGUGGACGGCGCUGUGGCGCCAGGAGUGCUUAUUAUCCGGGCUCCUAGAAUUCCGACAGCGAGUGACAGAGCUACCCACGGGUGUUUGGCUCGACCAAUGGAUUGCUCGAUCGCAGCAGCGCCUUUCGCCGUCUCUGCUGGCCCCUCUGAUUGACAAUUCCGACGAUUGGAGAAAGUUGCGAGGGAUUAACUAUGCGGGGGACGACAUUUUACGAUUGUGUGACCCGCACAGACGCGUCCGAAUGAGUCACCACCUCAUGUGUGCCAUCGUGUUCGACAACGAGAUUUUUGCUCUGACGGGGACUGGCGGAAAGCCAAGCAGAGGUUCCUCCUCGAGUACUAAGGGCAGCUUACAGCAGAAUUUCGUCUUCAGCCCCGAAGUUCCUUUCUUUGAGGAAGCUGACGCCUACAGCCGGCAUCGCAAACUUCACGACUGGUCUCCGUCCUGGACUUCAGCAGUUGAUCCACUGGAUUCUCGGGGUGGGGACAGGCUCUUUAUUUCUCAAAACGUGAGGGGCUUCAAGGCUAGCGCUCGGGAAGGGUGGUUGUCGGCGUGGCGUAGUGCGCCUCAGAUCCGUCGCCCGCAGGCUUGGUGUAUUCAGGAGACGCAUGUACAUACUGACGAAGAGGCGGGUAGGCUGAGUUCCAGGUGGGCUCAGUUAUGGGGUCAACACUUGGAUCCUGACGCUCCUCCUCUAUCGUUCUGGAGUAUUGGCUCUUCUAGCCGUGCUGGUGUUGCCAUUCUUCUUACCCCUCAUUCUGCUCGUACAGCUUCGGCCUGGGAACCGGAACGCUGGUCACCCCGGGCGAUCGCAAUUUCCAUUGGGGAGGAUGUUCUGAUCAAUGUGUACGCACCUACACUGCGAGGUGAACGGGAAGACUUCUUUACUUCCCUUCUCAGCUGGAAUUUGAUGGCCUCCAACACUAUUAUGGCGGGCGACUUUAACUGCGUCCAGUGCCCUCUCCUCGAUCGGUACGGCAGUUACCGAUCGCACCGAUCGGAAAGCCCUGCCCUGGACGCGGCAGUUGCGACACUGGGCUUGGCGGAUGCGAGAGAUCUUCGGGAUCAUGCGGAUGACGAGGGCACUGGCGAUCCUACUGAUCAUUUCACUUACUGGAAUGGGGACCGUGCCAGUCGCAUCGAUCGUUUCUAUGUGCCUGAGGGGUGGGUAGGUCGCGUGCUGUGGAUUGAAGCGCGGGUGCCAUCCAAUCAGUCGGACCAUCAGGAGGUUGUGCUACACCUACGUGACCUGAACAAACCUCGUUCGUCAUGCCGGCAUGGGCGUGUAACAUAUCCGAUUCAUUCAUCGAACCCUGGCAGGAUCGUUGACGAACUCGUCGCGGAAAUGGACGGAAGGGCUAUAGGUCAGAGCGUUUCUACCCUCACUUGGGACGCGGAUGUCACAGAGUGUCAACAGUGCGUUCGACGCAUCCGGAAGCGGGUCAAACAGCGCAGAGCGCGAUUUCGUCGGAAGAUUCAGGGCAGAGCUCGGCGACCUCUCCUGACCCGGCCGCAAUUUAUCUCCUGCAAUAUGGAGGAAUUACGGCAGGAACAUCUGGUGCGACUGGGCCAGAAGCUCGCCAGGACGGCUGACCAGUUGCGCUAUUUUUACAAGCGGGUUGCCGACUGGGAACGCAAUCAAACAGUCACAACAAUUUCGCGCAUCCACGGCCCGCAUUUUACCCGGGAUAUGACUAAUGCGGAUAAAUUUGCCUCCGAAUGGUCUACAGUCCUUGGCAAAGUUCAUUGCCAGGAGGAGAGAGUGGACUUGCCGUCAGCCAUUCGCCGUUUUGUCAAUCUACCCACAGACCGAGUCUUGUCUUCUGCCGACAACCGGGCUCUCUUGGCUGAUUUUUCGGAAGCGGAAGUCCUUGCAGCCGUUUCUGGGCUCAGUCGACAUAAGUCGGCGGGACUGGACAGGCUCAACAACGAUUUUUACAAGGAUACGUCUGCACUUCUUGUCCCCGCCCUGGUCCAGCUCAGCAAUCAAAUUUUGGCUGGAGCUGAUCCCCCCGCCUUCAUUUCUCGAAGCUUUGAUCAUACCCUUGCGAAAAAGGGAGACUCGGCGGAUGCGAUGGAUUACAGACCGAUUUCUCUACUCCAAACCAGCUACAAGAUCUUUGCGAAAGUGCUGGCAACACGACUGCAACGCGUAUUACCAAAAGUCAUUGGUGACUCGCAGCAAGGCUUCGUACACGGACGCCAGAUGUCUAAACUAGUGUUGAUGAUGCUCGCUCAACUGGCGACAGCAACAUCGGAUACAACUACAUCCGCUGACGACAGCCGAGUGAUCCUCCUACUGGAUUUCCGCAAGGCUUAUGACACGGUCGAUCGCGAAUUCCUGUAUGAGGCUCUUCGCCAAUUUGGUUUCGCGGAAAGGUAUGUUCAGCUUAUAACUCGUCUACAUACUGGUACUUCGGCCGCGUUCCUUGUAAAUGGGGAACAGUCUCGUCCCAUCUCCGUCGUUUCCGGUAUCCGGCAAGGCUGUCCACUCGCCCCUUUGCUUUUUCUCGUCGUGGUGGAGAUAUUGGGCGUUGCGGUACAGCAAUCACCAGAUUUGUCUGGGCUUCCUGUCCCUGGACGACAUCCGGCAACGCACGUUUUCUCGGCAUUUGUGGAUGACUCGACGAUCUUUCUCGAGAAGGCCAGUCAGCUGGAGCCAGCGAUAGCUCUUCUCUCUCAAUUUGGGACCCUAUCAGGGCUAGUUGCCCAACCCUCCAAGAGUCAGAUCAUUUGUCUUAAUCGGGCUGUGCACGUAGCCGAUAUGCGGGGCAUUCCGGUCCUUCAACAGGCGGACACGGUGCGAUACCUGGGCUAUCAAGUAGGACUGAGACCCUUACACAAUUGCAACUGGGCGCUUCGUAUCCGGAAGCUUCAACGGAGGCUAAUGACAGCUUCCAGGGUGGCGACCAGUGUGGCGAAUCGGGUGUUGAUCCUCAACUCCAUCAUUCUCCCGUCUGUUCUGUUCACGGCGGCGGUGUUCGAUAUGCCUGAGUGGGCACGACUUGCUGUCCACAACCUGGGGGUUGGGUUGGCCUCUUUGGAGGUGGCUAUUAAAACGCAGCGUACCAAGCACGCUUUACAGUGGCUCACACAAGCUCAGGACAAGUAUUUUGGAGCCUGGAGUGCGUGGGCUUAUCAAGGCCGGCCGACAAAUUCGAGUCUGGUUCUCCAUUGCAGGACGCAGGCAGCUGGGGCUGCAUCGUGUGUCGGGGCACCGUCCCCAAAUUCAUGGGUACCGGACGUUGACAAGCUUCUACACCCUACGGUAGAGCAAGCCACCAUUCUCAGCGAGCGGGUACGAACGUACUACCACCCCAUCCUCCACGGCGCCAGUAGCUGGUGGGAGGAGGAGGAAUGGGUGCUGUCGUAUCAUCACCCUUUCCCGGCUGGGGUACCUGCGCUCGAUCCUCAACAGUGUGCGAUACAUCGCUUUUGGGGGACACUAGGCUGGAGUAAUAACCCGUGGAUCCAGGACGGCAAUGGCCUCUCGUUAAAAUCCGCUACCUAUGACAGGAUCGCCAUCUGCCCCAUCUCGGACCUGCACAUUCGGCGAACAGGGCCAACUGAAUUUAUUUUUCGCAUUAAGCCGGUUGGACCCCGAUCUUUUCACCACUCGCAGCCUAAACUCCGUCGGUGGGCGACGGCAAUCUUGCUGGCAUCCCCUACGUUCCCCAUUGGGGGCGAAUUAGCGCUCGAACCUGAGCUGGUUCUUCGCCAUGCACCACCUUUUCGACAUGAAUGGACCUGGGCCUCGGUCCAACAAGGUCGAGUGGUCGGGAGGCGAGAGGGGUACUUGGAAGUCGCUGACCAGCCUGUUGAACUGCAGCAGAGUGCGGAUGGAAUUCGCUGGUUUUUCACCACUCACCUACCAGAGUUAUCUACUAAUUCGGACGAGGACAGAUCCGUUUGGGCCCUACGCUUGCGUCGUCACGGCGUCGUGUUUUACUCCCAUCCCGGGCAUCAUGGCUUUCCUUGGGCCGUCGCCGAGUCGGUCGCGAACUUAGCUAUACGAAAAGCUAUUUCACGCCUGGCGUUCACGUUUCACAAAAGACUUCUUGCAGUCGCAUUGCGACCGCUGGUGCGGCGUCUGGAGGCCGUCUGUGACUUCGAUCAGUGGCAGCGGGCUGCCGCAAACCAAGACCCGGCACACGUUUGGAAGCAUGACAAUGGCCUUUCCGACCAUCAGGUCUGGACGUGUUACCGUAUAGCCACCAAGCAACUCAACUUGUACCAUGCCGGCCGUCCGGCGGACAAUAGUUGCCGGGCGUUAUUGGCGUGUCACGGUUGCAAAGAAACGCCGGCUCACAUCUUUUGGGACUGCCCCAAGGCGCGCGCGUGCUGGGGUCAACUCAUUACCCAUUGGACAGGUGAACGGGCUGGGAGGCCGUGGGAAGAGCGUUGGUUCGUCGGGAGUGUGAAUCGUCACGCGCCGGAGAUACCGUCCAAGCAGCGUCUUCGGAUUUACCAUAUGCUCCCGGAGGACUUAGAGGCUGGUGUCGCGGUUUGGAAGCGUCUCUGGUUUAUUAUGAGCAGCAUUUGUCUGACUCACUUAUGGAAUGAGCGGAACGACGCGGUUUUUCGAGGAGUGCAGUCGACGCCUCUCCACAGCGCCGCGCGUUUUUGGGCGCUGGGAAUUCGACAUCUUACCGCGUUAGCAAAACGCGAACAUCGCGGUCCCGCCACAGCUGUCACCGGGGCUAUCAUGCAUACCUGUAUCGACCUCUUUAUUCUCGAACCUCGGGAUAAGCCGAUACCUUUAGGUGACAGCCACGACAAGCUACCAGUUCCGGAGCUAUUGUCCUGGCUUAGAAGUUUUCAGACAUCUUUAGCAUAA